GCAAAGGGCACAUUAGACGAUUUUUCGAAGAAGAUCGAAAUGCGGCUGCUGCGAAGGACGAACAAUACGUAUCUUAAUGAAUACUAAAACAUAUGAGAGCGAAAACAUUGUAAAACGAUAACAUAACAGAUAAAAGAUAUUGAUACUCUUUUCUCUUGGUAUAAUAUAUGAAAAAUGGGGAAAUUGAAGAGAAUACCGAAACCGUUUAUAAAAAUUAAACGUCUCUCGAGAAAAAGAAAAGUAAUUCCAUUGGAUCAAGAAAUUAAGAAACAUGUACGCUGGAAAGGGAAACGAGAAAUGCACGCUAAGUUGGAGGCUACAAUAAACUUUGAGACUUUGAAAAUUACAGCAGACCCACAAGUGGAUGUAGAUUACAUAAAAAGCAUGUCAAUAAUGUCAAUUUAUGAUCGUAAUUAUAGAAGUCCCUUACAAGAAAACAUUUUUGAAGAUUCCAUGUAUAUCAGAUCCGAUAUGACGCAUGAGUUAAACAAUUUAAGUAUCAUCGAUGAAAGUGAAGACGAUUGUAUUGUAAAUGCGCCGCAGCGGAACAUUGGAUCUGAUAUUUUACAGAAAACUUCUUUCCUUUAUAUAAGCGACAAUAGUGAGCCAAAUAUAUACGAUAGAAUAAGAAAUAUUGUUAUGUUGUAA